AAAACGGAGGAGUAAGAGUGAGUAAAACACACUUGCGUCGUUUCAAGAGUAACAGAAAAGGCUUUAUUUCAACUUCAUUUCCGCAGCAUUUCAUUAGCUUACCAAAUAAGACGUAGAGUGUCUCAUCAGCGGAGAUUCACCGUUAGUUUGGGAGACGCUUCGACGCCAGAAACACUUCCUAAAACUCGUCUUUUACCAGUUCACAGGUCAUGUCAAAGCUGGAAACCUUGCUGGAGGAUGGACUCAGAUCAGAGCUAAUGCUGCAGCAGCAGCUAAAGGCCCUGAGAGAGGCGCUCAGGCAGCAGCUGCAGGAGACAGAGAGGAGACAGAGAGAGGAGCUGGAUAGGAGAAUUCAUCAGAACGCUCUACUGUCAACAGACCACUACUCCUUUGAUGAAAAUAAAAUAAUCAAUCAGGCCAAACGUGCAGGAAUGAGGAAAUCCAACUCUACAUCAGCCCUGACUGCACAGUCAGAGAGGCUUAACUCAACUUCUCCCACCUUGCUAUCUCCAACAAACCGAAUGCAUUGUUCAGUCAGGACUUCCACGCUGAGUCCUACCAGGACUCAACAGUGUGAACAGUUAGCUUCACCCAAAACAACACAGAUGAGCAAAGAGGAAGAGGACGAAGAUGAGUGUCAGAAGAAGUUCUGCGCUCUCCCUGUACCGACCCAUGUUAUUCAGCCCCUCUAUCAGGAGAUGAUGGAGAUGAGGGAUAAGAAGAGGAAGCAGGGCCAUGAGCAGAGGAGGGACUUCUUGCUCUCCAUUCAAAAACCGUUCAGCUUCCAGGAGAGAGAAGAAGAGAAAAGGGAGAAGCUGAUAGCAAUGGUGAACCAGGUGUCACAUGACCAGGUAAACAAGGCUGCUCCUGCUAAGAAACCUCCUCACAAAGAGGUAAAGGAUUCUUCAGAUCCUGAGCUGAAAGACCAGGAGCUUUGCAGACGAGUCCCCAGUCAGACAAGAGUGGGAAACAAGAGUCCUGCACUGUCAGGCAGCCCGAAACUUCGCACUGCUGAGCGCAGCAGGAAGGAAAAGUUGGGAUUCCUGGAUGAGAGGCCCAGCUUCCAACCCAAAAUCAUCCACCAGGUCCCUGAUUUCAGCAAGCUGCACAAAGCCUUGCAGACAGCGGUGCUGAGAAAGACACAGAGUAAAGACACUUUGAUUAAAUGUCAGCCCUUCUAUCUGAGGACAUCAGCUCUCCCUGCAAGGCAAAGGAAGAUGAGCCCUGAAAACUCACAGGUACCAAAAAUAAGUAACCUCAGCAGAAGCAAGUCACUUGGCACCUUAACAUCAUUGUCCACAGACACACUCCCCACAUACAUCACAGAUGCUGUGAGGAAGCGCUGCAUGGCUGUCAGAAAGUCAAUGGAGAUGAGGGAUAGUAAGGAUCAGGAGAGUGCAGACUGGUUGAGGAAGCACCAAAUGAGGUCCCAGGCGAUGAAGAAGACAGUCACACUUCAUGCAAAGUUGUUGGACCCACACAGCAGCUUGAAAGAAGUGCAUGAUGAAAAACUGCAGCAGCAUCGGGCGGCUGACCAACAAAGGAUGAGAGAGUACAUGAGGGAGUUACGGGAUAUGAAGGCACGAGUCAGUGAUCGGCCUUAUUUAUUCGAACAGGUGAAACAGAAAAGUGCAAAGGCUCACGCAGAGCAGACUUACAGGAACAAGCUGAAAAACGCUGGCUUGAAGGAGCAAUUUGUUGAGGAAAAUGGAGAAGCAGCUGAAGGAGCAUCAACAUCAUCUGGGCACGAUACAUACCAGAAUGACAUUCAUAGCAGGGAAGAAAAUGUAGACGACGGGGAGAAAAUUGAAGAUGUGGAAGAGAGGAGCGUGAAGUCCAAAGGAGAAGAAAUGCCAUGAUCAAAAAGGUUCAGGCGGCACAGAGUUUUUUGUGGCCUCUCCGCUAGAAAACAACACUGUCCUCAAAAAUGAUUCAUGUCACGGCUAACUAUCCGUACCAAGCGUUUGAUAGUUUAAGAUGUGGAACUGUAAAUUAUGGAAUUACAAAACAUCUGGACUACACAAUCACAAAUGUCAGGGAUUACAACUGAAAGAAAAUAAAAGCUUAUAGAACUGUAUAAGUUCCUAAGUGGUCAAUAUUUUAUAUGUUUUGAGUUUAACACACGUGUGUGUGUGCGUGUGUGUGUGCACGUGCAUGUGUGUGUGCACGUGCAUGUGUGUGUGCGCGCGCGUGCGCACAAUCUGCUUUCAAGUCGAUUAAACUGAAAAUUAAAAGCUACUUUUGGUUUUACAACAACAGUUUUGCAAAGGAAUAUGAACGCUGCAAUUUAGAGGAUGAUGAACACUUGGUUACCAGAGUAAACGGUUCACAAACAAAAUGAGAACACCACUUGAGACCACUGUUUCUGUAACAUUAUUUUGUGUUUUACCGGCUCUAAAACAAGCUUCAGAUAUAUUAAAUUAGGUACAAGAUUAUAGUUUUACAGUGAGAUAUUUAUCUGUCUCUGCUCUUAGUUGUAUUUUCUUUAAAAAAAUAUAUAUAAAUGUAUAUAUAUUUUUAAUUGGGCAGGUCUCCUAAGGACACUAAGCGUCUGACAUGGGCCUCUCUCAGAUGGUUGGGUGAAAGUUCCCACUUGUUUCUACAGCCACACUGCCAGCUAAAUAAACAGUGCACUGAGACCAGUUCAGUGGGCUGCUCCAAGCCCAUAGAUCCACAUCAAAUACGCUUAUACGCUGACCUCCACUUGUGCUUAUACAGCUGACUGCCAGGAAUUUAAGAAUUCGUUUUUACAUACAAGCCACACAAGACUGUCUGAAAAUCUAUAUAAUCAUAAUCAAAAUGUAAUCAUAGUGUUCGUACCAGAAAGCACCCAGACCUUUUGUAGGCAACUGUGUCACUGUACACUGAAGCUAGUGAAGGCAAUGUUUGCACAAGUUCAGAUCAAGACAUCAUUAAAAAUUGUGAAGUAAUUCAUCUUGAGGUAAAAUGAGUGCUUCGUUUUAAAUGUACAACCGGGACCCCCCAAAAAGGUGAGAUGCUGUGAAAAACAUGAAUAAAAACAGAAUGCAGUCAUUUGCAAAUGAACUGUGUUUGCUGACAGUUUUCUGAGGUGU